ACUGCGAAGUUAUUUCAUUAAAUAUAAAAUAAUAUGAAACAAAUUGUUACAAUUUUGCUUUGGCAAUUGGCUAAUUAGAGAGAAUAAUGGCAUUUUAUAGUGAAUCAUAUUUUUCAUCUUAAACGUACAAAUAUAAGUAAUAUCAACAAAUUGCAUUCGAGGAAAGAAUAGUGUGAACUGGUCGUCAUUUGUGCUGUUUCACGAAUAAAGGAAACAUACGUGCAUGAAACGCGUCCGCAAAUUUAUCUCAUCAAUUAGAUGAUCGAUAGUAGCGUGAUGUAUAGUCGUUAACAUCGCCGAAGGUUCACGGCGUUUGACGUAUUAUUCUUGUUAUUGCGGGUAGAAGACAAAGGGGCCCGAUAAAUUUAAAAAUUUUCGAACGAAGCAAAAUGCGAGGGAUGAAUUCGUUAAAAGUGAAUACAUUUUUUGUUAAAAAUAUUUAUUUAUUUUUUAAUAUGUUUCUUAAUAUUUACAGGUGGAAUUUGGCUUUGAAAUGUCGAAUCUUUGCGAUAUCUUCACGCGAAAGGGCCCCGAAUGAUAAAGUUUCUUCGUUGCGAGCCCCUGACCUCUGCUCGCAACGAAUGUGAAUUUUCUCAUGCGAGUACAAACAAGCGAUGUCCACAUUGACAUUAUUAGCAAAUAGUGAUCGACAUGUUAAGACAUGACAGUCGAAGUAUGUUCUCGCACGUCAUAAACUGUAUUUAUGGAUCAUGUUAUAACAAAAGGAUCAAGACAAAUUGAUCGUUCGACUAUCGUCGCAUUUUUUCUUUCAUUAUAUUAUACGUUAAUUUCUCAUGUUCUAAAUUGAUGCGAAACAUUAAUUCCUCCUUUAACUUGAAGUGGAUGUAUGCUUAUUUUGUUACAAUAAUUUUAAUUGAUUUAAUUUAGCAAGCUUUUAUAUUUGAUUCUUAGCUAGAAGAAUGUUGAUAUGGUUUUUAUUUUGACAGUUUUUUGUUAAACAAAAAAUAACUGUUAAUCUUACAAUAAGCACUUCUCUCAUAUGAUCUCAUAUGACUCUCCGCUAAUUCUAAAAUACUUUGUAUUAUUUCGAGCUAAUGCGAAUUAUGCGCUUAUGCAAAUUCAUAAGCGAUACGUUUAAACUUACACGAGUCACGAAACCAAAUGGGAGAUGUAAACUUGAGAAAGAGACACGCGCGGCGUUUUUUCACGCCGUAAAUUAUCCUCGCGAAUGCAAAAAUCGAUCGCUAUUACGAUCCAUGAUCGGCAGGCAGGUCGGUGGGAUAUAUGAAGUUCCCUGGUAGAGACCGAACGCAUUGCACAACCAGACAUUGCCGAAGGAAGGGUUUUGAUAGCUCAACGUCAAAAGUGCACCAGAUAGAAAUUUUUUACUUCGGAGUUCUCUGGAUACUUACAGCAAGUUGCAGCUACGGCACAAUGUUCAGAUCGACAGGAAGAUCUCUUAUGAAUCGAAGAUAUCGGACCACAAUGUGAUAACAUUGCCCUCGUGACAGUGGUAAUCGAUACGACGAUCGGUACGGAGAAACCGUAAAAGAGAGCCGUUCUUCGCGGGAGAACCUUAGUGCGCUUGUGACAUUUGUGGUGCAAGUGGUGUUAGCGUUACCUCCCCGCUUUUUCCCACCGGAAACUAUGUCAAGAAUAUACUCCGCCACUUGGACGGAGACAUCAUGAUUACCUGAUCUGAUGAAUCGUCAUCUCUUUGUGAUUUUUUGAUUCACACUAGAUAUUUAAUAUAAUUCGCCGGCAGCAUUCGAGAAUGUCCAAGAAGCAAUGGUUGGCCCUGCUAAUGUUGUUCCUCACAUACCUACUGCUUGGUGCCUCUAUCUUCCACCAUAUCGAAUAUGGCUACGAGGAGGUCAAGAUCGCGAAUGCUAACAAGGAACGAAAAGAGAUUAACCAAUUACUUCGACACCAUUACAAACCCAGUAGUGAGCUGGAUAAUAUUUUCAUGAAACUCAGCGAAUACUGCGGCAAAUCAGUAAAUGAUUCGCAGGAUAUUGGCCAUUAUCAAUGGGACUUCUAUAAUAGCUUCUACUUCGCUUAUACGGUUGUUAGCACUAUCGGAUAUGGUAAUCUGGCACCCACACAUACGCUUAGCCGCAUCCUGAUGAUCUUCUACGGUCUAGUGGGCAUCCCGAUGAACGGGAUUCUGCUGACACAGUUGGGAGAGUUUUUCAGUCAUGUGUUUAUCAAGGCUCAUCAAAAGUACAAGUCCUACAAGCAUGGCCAGUCAUCAUCCGAUUUCUCUAAGAAAUCGAUGUCACUUGAGACGCGAAAGGUGGGCCUGGCCGCGCAAAUUCUCAUGUACCUGACACCCGGCUUCAUCAUGUUCAUCUUUUUCCCGGCGAUGCUAUUCUCAUAUUACGAGGGCUGGCACUAUGAUGAAUCGGUUUAUUAUGCCUUCGUCACGCUGACGACCAUCGGUUUUGGCGAUCUCGUGGCGGGUCAGAAUCGUACGACGACGACGGAGAAUGAUCCAUUCUUCAUUAUAUAUCAGAUAUUCUUGAUUUGUUGGAUCUCUUUUGGGUUGGGCUACAUCGUCAUGAUAAUGACGUUCAUCUCUCGCGGUAUGCGCAGUAAAAAAAUCACGAGGCUCGAACAUAAACUAGCGAUGAAUCUCAAGCACACACAGAGCAAGAUUUGGAACGAGUUUAACAAAGAGGUGAACUACCUGCGCCGCGUUUUCAACGAGUUACAGCUCUCUAAGGUCAAAAGAGUAUAUGUUGACGAGUUCGAUUAUGAAGUACCUCCAACGAAAUUCUCACGCAGCAACAGCUUCCCAGAUCUCCGAAAUUUGACGAUUGGUGGAUAUGUAGACAACUCUAUACCACAUCCACGACGACGAGCUAACAGCGAAGUGGUGCCAGCGGGUCAACUGAUACGCGUGGUAUCCGAAACAGAUCUUCAAAGGAUAGACAAGACCGCAACAUUUGCCACACACGCCAUAGUGCAACCAGCGGAAUUAUUAGCACGUUUAGUAAACAUUCUCGGUUAUAUCCCUCCACGGGAUGAUUUCGACUGGGAUCAGACCGAGGAUCAAUUAAAACAGACCGACGCGCAGAAGGAGAAUGAGAUGCAACAGAGCAAACCAGUUGAUCAGAGCCUGACCAGCAACGUUACUCAAUGGACAAUCGGCGGUGAAAGAUUUCCAUUCGCCAAACCUCGAUCUAGAGCAACUAGCGAAGUGCGACUUUAUCCCAAAGACUAUGCGAAAGACGAUUUUGUUCAACAGAACAACGAAUGGACUUGGUCCGGUCCAGCAGCCUCGACGAAACUGCAGGAACUGAUGAAUACUCGUGACACAGUUACCUCGCUACCUUCGAAUAAUAGUAAUAAGCCAUACAAGAAAUUCCCAUCAUUUGCUUUGCCAAUUACCGCGACCAAAAACUUCUUCCCCAGAUGGAAGAAACAAUUUAUGAACAAAAGAUCAUCGGAUGUGAGUCCUAGUACAGAGAAAGUUAUUGAAAGAAUACACGACAGCAAUCAGCAAAAUAAUUCGAUUGGUCCGAUCGGUCCAUUACCUUCAUACUUAGAUGAAAGACGCGAUUCAAUAUCAAAAACGCCGAAUUACUAUACACAUACUGGCGGCAACCUGUCGAGUUAUUUAGAAAACAAUAGUUUGUUGGAAGAAACGAGUUUGGCAGAUUUCCUUAGAGCGUUGACUGCUCUUCACGCAAGAGUAGGAACAGUUCCCGAUGAAUCCGUUGUUAAACCCAAGAGAAAAUUAGGAACAGCCUGUCUGACUCCGCCAAAAUUACCUAGUCUGUUUACCCUGUUUUCGCCGAACACGCCCGGUUCGGAUUCAGCAACUCAGAGUAAUCAAAAUACUGUCACGGAAGCGCAAUCGUAUCAAUCGAGUAGAAGAGUUUCUCUCAAAACGUCUGAAAACAGUUAUUCCGGCUCUAACACACCUACGUCCUAUAUGAGGAAGGAAAGCAAUGUCGUGAAGCCUAGGAGAUUCUCUUUGAGACCGGUAAAAAUCCCAGGAAGUUCUCUCACGCCGCCUGAUUAUACAUCACCACGCUCAUCGCUACGACUUUCUCAGAGAAUGGACAAUCGAAACCUCCAAGAACCUUAUAUCUCAACGGAACCCUUCAUUUCCGUAUCACCGAAGGAACCGCUUGUAAGCAUGGAGGGACCACCAGGAAUUUCGUCACCGAUCAAACAGCCGUCCGAUAAUCGACGUUUCUCCAUAAGACCCGCUCAACUCAGCACGCAACUGAAUGCAACGAACGUAUCUACGCCAUUACAUACCCCAAAACCAUUGCCAAGAUGGAAAGCGGGUAUGCUCCAGCGACAAAUUAGUCAAAUGAAUUUGCGUCGUCGCGUUAGAGCGUUCAGCCUUAGCGAUGUUUACUCUGACAGACACGAGAAAGGCACCAAUCCUCCGAGUCCUCUCGCUAUGGGCACCAAUAACAAAUUCGUGGAUGUUAGUAAAUUGAGCAAUCCGAAUCAGAAGACGGUGACAAUCAUGUCACCGGCAGAGGAGAUGAAUAUGACUUUGAAAAAUAAGCUUCAAGAUCCUAUGAUUGCUCCUAAAAAUUUGAAAGAUGAGCAAAUUUCAUUAGUUAAAUCUUUCUCCGUCAAGAUUCCCGAUGAGUCAUCCGCGGCGAACGAAUCCAGAAUUUCAAACAUAUUUGAAGAUAGAAGGUAUUCUCAAGGAAAUGGCAAUUUUACAUCAGUUUACGAACCGGUUUACAAAUCGAGAUCUUCUGAUAAGAAAUUGAUAAAUGAUGCACUGGAUAAGACAAUUCAAAGAGAAAUGCAGGAAAGGGAUAUCACGGAGGCCACUUCGCUUAAAACAGAAAAGCAAAAUGAUAUGCAUAUGUGCAUAAUUAAUAAUUUGAAUGAGCCUCAGGAAAUGAAGUUUUCGACGAAUAGUGAAAAUUUUCCAGAGUCAAGAAGGGAGAAGCCUAGUGUGUUGAUAGAUUUUUACAAACCAGUGCUACAAGCACCGAUAGAGAAGCCUGCAAUCAAUCCGUUCGAGCAAUACAGAGUCAUAACAAAAUCUGGUCAAACGGAAGAUGUAGACUUGACUGAAAUUAAAAUUGAAAAACCACAAGAGAAAUGAAAACGAAGCAAUUAGAUUAUGUGGAGACUCUAAAAAUUAAAAGUAGAGAAAUUUAAAGUCAAUUUUUGUUAUUGAAAGUAUUAUAGGACUAAUAAUCUAAGACAAAAAUAAUAUUUAUAGGUGUAAUUAAUAUUUUUGUUAAAAUAGACUCCAUAUUACGUAUCUAAGAAAUGAUAUUAAUGUUAUAUUUUAUAUUAGUUGUUGACAACUUUCUAUUAUAGCACUUAACAAAUUCAUAUUUUACUUUAAAAGGCUGCAUAGUUUAAUAUAAUAUAUGAACAUAAGAGAAUUGUGCACGAAAGAGAAUAAUUUUAUACUGACGUAUUUUACACUGACGUAUUUUACAUUGACGUAUCGAUUAAAGGACAACUUCUGGAAAAGUUGCAACUUUAUAAAAAAAUCGAUGAAUUUUUUAAAGAAAAAGAGAUUAACUUUAUCAUGCAUAGUGUAAAUGUAAAAAAAUAUUCU